UUUAAGGAACAUUUCUUUGAUACAAGCCGAAAGAGCAUGUUAAAGAUUUCUUGUUUGUGUUUUACUUUUUCAAAUAUUCAAACGGAGGUGAACGCUCGAAGAUAUUACGAGUUUUGAAGAAUGGAAAGACAUUGGAUUUUUGUCAUUUUCAUAUUCAUAAGUGGGAAAGCAAGCGGCCAGUGCACGUUUCCAUCGCCGUUUGCCGAUAGCACGUGGCAUGACUCGACACGUGGCCCCUUAGUAUUUACCAACACGACGGUGACCGGAUGGAAAAUCGAACUCGGCACCGCCGCUACAACGACACUCAGCACGUGGCAGUGCUUGAACAACUCAGAUCCCAGCAGGCUUGUGAUGAAAGCCACGCAGACGUGGACGUUUUAUAGCAAAUCGGUGCACGUUUACGCCUGUUUGAAAAUCACCGAGGUCACAGCUGGCGUUUCAUACACGUACGUUCAACAAGCCAGACAAGAAUUGAACGGCAGGCAGAACAGACUUAAGUUUACAGUCGACGGCACUCUAAAAAACAUCGCUGACAUCUGUGAUGAAACAGCGGUCCUUCCUACGCUCGAUUUUCACGUGCUGGUUAAAUCUGGGUCCGAGGCGGCUGCAGCGAUUACGGUACCCGACCGGUUCCUGUUCUCGGCAGACUAUGAUUAUAUUGCUACCAAUUUAAUAGUGAGCUGUAACGCAACGAACGACACUUUUGACAUGUGCACCAACACAUCGGCUCUGGCCAUCACGUACUCGGGGUCUACGUGCACGCAGAAAAUAGCAUACUCAGCUGGCGGUGCCUUUUACAGCGUUGUUAAGAUGAGCAUGUCGUCCUACGACUGUGUUGUCUUCUACAACAGGGACGCCACUCUCACUGGGUCGUACACUCGAUUUACUUGCAUCUGUUCCAACGGAACAGUAGCGUCCGUUGCGCCUAGUAACUGCACAAUAAAUCAAACGCCGACGGAGUUUCCGACAGAAGCAGAUAUGAUGACAGCCAAGGGUCACAAACUAGACUUUAAAAAAGUCCAUACCUCGUGUUCAAAGACAACACCAAGUGCCAUCACCACAACCACCCCCUCGAGCAAAGCAGGCGCCAUUGCUGGCGGUGUCGUAGAAGCGGUCGUCGUCUUUUCCAUCGUCGUCUUUGCCCUGAUCAUCUGAAUAUCUUCAAUUGUUCAUCUGGUUUCAAAAUGAAUGUCUAUGUUGAUCGUAUAGUGUUAUAUAUAUAUAUAUAUAACAAAGUCUCUAUAGGCCUUGUAUUAUUUAACCAAAAACGAUGUUUAUUUUAUGCCGAAG